UGGGUGGGCGCGGCAGUCGGCGCAGCGGGGCCAUCUUCGGCGGCCGGGUUGGGCCAGCGCUGUCCGGCCCCGCGCCCGGCGCCCCGCUCCGAUGGCACCGCGGCCCCUCGGCCCCUUGGUGCUGGCGCUGGGCGGCGCCGCGGCCGUGCUGGGCUCGGUGCUCUUCGUCCUCUGGAAGGUCUAUUGCGGCCGAGGACGGGAGCGCCGCUGCGACAGCGCCGAGGCCUGGUGGGGCGCCGAGCCCGGCCGCCUCCCCGAGUGGGACGAGUGGGACCCCGAGGACGAGGAGGAUGAGGAGCCGGCGCUGGAGGAACUGGAGCAACGCGAGGUGCUGGUGCUGGGGCUGGACGGUUCGGGCAAGACCACGUUCCUGCGCGUGCUGGCCGGGAAACCCCCGCUGGAAGGCCACGUCCCCACCUGGGGUUUCAACUCCGUGCGGCUGCCCACCAAGGACUUCGAGGUGGACCUGCUAGAGAUCGGUGGCAGCGAGAACCUGCGCUUCUACUGGAAGGAGUUUGUGAACGAGGUGGACGUGCUGGUGUUCGUGGUGGAUUCGGCCGAUCGCCCGCGGCUUCCCUGGGCCCGGCAGGAGCUUCACAGGCUGCUGGACAAGGACCCCGACCUGCCCGUGGUUGUGGUGGCUAAUAAGCAGGACCUGAGCGAGGCGGUCAGCAUGGUGCAGCUGCAGCAGGAACUGGGUUUGCAGACUCUCGACAGCCAGCGCGAGGUCUUCCUGCUCGCCGCCAGCGUGGCCCCCGAGGGACCCGGCUUCGAGAACCCUGGCACCGUGCACAUCUGGCGGCUGCUGCUGGAGCUGCUCUCCUAGGCUGCA